AUGGUCAGGAUAAGUCUCGUAGGACGAGCGCCGUUACACGCUGUUGAUAUGACCACUGACAGUUCUGGUGAUCGGAUUGUCCGGCGCGCGUUGGAAUUGGCUGAUAGGAUAGGAGACGAUGGCGCAGAGUUUCUGGCGCAGAGGCUUGAUCGCGCGUCUCCAGCGUUUUUGAUGGAGCUACAGGAACGAUCCUUGGUGCUGGCCUUUUUUUAUGAGGAUUCUAGACGUUCAACCGGGGUUUUGGGAGUUAUAGGCGGUUGUCAUUUGAGAUAUUGUCUGGAAUUGAUGUUCUCAAGUGAAUGCGCGUUCGAGCCAUGCUACCGUUAA